AAAUAACCAUAUGUCUUAAGGUAAGAUAUGACCUUUCUUGGAAUGAAGACACCCAUAAUCCCAGCUCGCUUUGAGAGACAAAAGUCUCAACGAAGAGGAAAAAUACUGACUAUUCUACCAUCUCCCUACCUCUCAUGAGGCUAGGGGGUCUUUUUGAUCAUUUUUAACCCAAGAUACAGGUUCAAGAAGACUGAAAGACUUAAGCAACACAUGACAGAAGAAUUCUAGCUCCAAUAACUUUGGGUAAGAUUUACUUCUUCCAAAAGGAUGAUAAACAUAAAUCCAACGCCUAUGUACCGUGAGGAUUUAUAAAUCGAGCAAAAGAAUAACUCUGAACUUGGAACUCUACUUUGGAUGUCCUAACCAAUCCAUAGAUGUCAUCAGAGCUUCUCCCUCCAGAAAUUUCAUCGUUUGAUGAAAUUAUCACCAGAGAGAAAGCGGUAGCUUGCAAGAAGGUGAGUAUUAUUCUAUCUGGCUCAGUGAUGAUAACAAUUGGUUCGUGUUUAUGAAACAUAAUGAUUUCAAAACCUCCCAGAUCUGACCACGCCAACAUUUAAACAUAUCUAAGUUUUGCCUCUAGAUCUCCAGACAUAAGGAUUUUUAAAUAAAUUCAUCAAC